UAAAAACACGUUUGUUUUCAUAUAGCUUCCCCCUCACAGAUAUUCUAUCAGACUCACUUUUGUUUCCACCUUCAGAUAUUUUUUCAUAACACCUGCCAAGAUCAUGGCCACAGUAAUCAGAACUGUGGAAAUGAGUUGAAACGAUGCGAAGCGCGCUGGCGUGUAGAUAUUAGAAAGGCUGAGGUGCUUGUAGUUUUAAAUUCAUCUUGACAGCUCGCAACAGGGUGGGUGAUGAUGCAUGCUUCGUCCGUUCUAGGAUCACUCUAUUCAGGGCACGAUGCCUCCGCGUAAUAUGAGAACAUCACUUUACGCAUUCGCCAGACGUUCCUUUAAAAGUAGCUGACACGGGGUACUUGACGUUUUCGGUUUUUAGUAUGUGUUAUUCUGCUUUUAUAGAACUAAUGUGACGUUCAGAGCAGAACAAUUAGCUAUUGGAACAGAAUCAUUGUGUGUUUAUGUAGCGGCUGUUUAGAAUUUAGUCGGGAAUCAGUCAAUUUGCCGGUUUCGCCUCCUCCCUCUCGCCUAGUUGUGAUGUCUCAUGUCGUGUUGUGACAGCGCUGGUAUUGUUUAUUGAGGUGGAUGUCAGGUAUAAUUAGCAAUCGAUAUGGAAAACGUUUGUGUCGUGGCUCUGACGUCACCGAAGAUUAACGUUUCUUAUUGGUCGCGAAUUCCCUAGCGCGAGAGCUAGUUAUUUGGACAAGAGGAGAGUUGAUGUUGACAAAGUAGGAGAGAGCGAAAACCUCGCGCGCCUGCCUCGGUCUCCUUAUUCCUAAAUCGGGAGCGCAAAGCAUGUCAACGCCGUCCGUCCCUUCACGGCUGCUGCAUGCGCUCUGAGAGAAGAGUUGGAGCUCGUUUUGGCCAGAGAAACGCUUCCCUGAUUCCGGAGAUGCAAUGAUGGAUAGCCGGAUCCUCGAGCAUCCUCAUGCCCAGUUUGGAGGCUCUUUGGGAGGCAUGGUUGGAAUGGGUUUCCCCUAUCACCUCGGUCACCAUCAUGUUUUCGAUAUCUCCGGACACCAGCUACAGUCGGCGGCCGCUGUACCCUUUUCUAUAGACGGAUUACUAAACGGAUCAUGCUCGGCGUCUGUUGCAAACUCCAACCCAUUGCUCGGAUCUGGUUGUGGUGUAAACGGGGAUAGCCAGUAUAAACUCAGCGACUCUGUGGUCCUAGAUGCCGGAGACCUCGACAAGGAAAGCCCUGGCUGUAAACGGAGGCGAACGCGUACAAAUUUUACUGGCUGGCAGCUGGAGGAACUAGAAAAAGCGUUCAACGAAAGCCAUUAUCCGGACGUGUUCAUGCGCGAGGCUCUCGCGCUACGUCUAGACCUUGUUGAGUCACGUGUUCAGGUGUGGUUUCAAAACCGGCGAGCUAAAUGGCGCAAAAAGGAGAACACGAAGAAAGGGCCCGGUCGACCGGCUCACAACUCUCACCCCACGACCUGCAGCGGCGAACCAAUGGACCCAGAGGAGAUCGCACGACGGGAGUUGGAGCGCUUGGAAAAGAAGAAGCGAAAACAGGAACGCAAGCUGCUGAAAUCUCAGAACAAGCUCUUAGCAGGUGAGCUCUUCCACACGCCCGGAUCUGACAGCGACAGUGGAGUAUCGCAGAGCACCGAUGGCGAGUCCACUCCGCACACCGGGCCUCAGUCUAGCGCGCACCGACAGCAAACAGAACAUAUGUGUGACCAACAUCCACGCCACCAAAGAGCCGGUACAGUCAACGACACAGCGGAGCCCACGGACUCCACGCGGAACUCUGCACUGUGCGCCGCGAACGGCAUCACACGCGCCUCCACGCUCCAGAAACUCAACCCAUUUAGUGUGGAGAGUUUACUAGCCGACUCAAGUCCAAGGAGAAAAACUACCCUGGAUUUCUCUCAGCUACCGCCGCAGCGACCAGUGGUCGGUAAAGGCCAUUUCCUUCUGUAUCCCAUUACCCAGCCGCUGGGUUUCAUAGUGCCACAGACAGCGAUGAAACCGAGUCAGGAUUCAGGAAACUCGGGUCACAACUGUUCCACGACAGACACCUCAAACCAGAAAAAUAUCAGCUACUUGUGUAAAGACACCGGUGCCACAAACGACGAGCUGCAAAGAGGAAGCAAUAACUCUUCCAUGCAAACUUCAAACACAAGCUCAGAGAAAUGUUAUGCAGAAUCUAAUUCGCCACAAAAGGAGUUUGAAAACGACUCCGAGUCCACAGUCACAAACUCUAGCCAGAAAGAAAGCAUCUCUCCUAACCUGUCUGAAUAUUUAGACACGAAACCCCGCAGUUCUGCUGACACAAAUACAGAUGGAGAGGAUGUUGACAUGGACUGAAAUGUAAAUAGGCCAGAAGCAGUGGCGCCAAGUGACUUGUCACAAUCCCAAAGCUGAUAACCAUACGUUUUUGUAUACAAGACUGUUUGAAUUUCAUUUUUUUAUAUAUACUUUUCAAAAACGGAUAUUCUUGAUUCAGGGGAACUGUCGGCUUAAAAUGUCUGUUCCAGUUCUCUGCGAACUUGAAGGAAACCAGUUAGCUAUGAGCAGCAGACAAGAACAACACAUCCUCAAACGUUGUAUAAAUGAUAAAGUAUCGAAAAUAUUUAUAUAUCUAACAUUUUGAUAAGUAAUAAUAAGAAUAAGAAUAAAAUAUUGUGAAAGAAAAGACCUUGUAUUGC